AUGGGUCGCCGCCUGUCCUUCGUACUGGCGCUGGCUGCAGUUCUCCAGGAUCCCGUCCUCUCGCAGCAGUGCCCCCUGGGGAGCCCUUCGCAGACCCUGCAGUUUGCUGACGGGGGUGCCGAGCAACGGGUUCUGGCCCUUCGCCGGCUCCCUGGAUACCUGGAUCCCCUCUACGGCCUCGUCCAGAGUUUCCUCGAUGUGGUGCAGCCAAACCCCUUUCCUACAGAGCUUUUGCGGGAUGCCUUGAAUGAGCCGCCAGCUGCCAGUCCCUCACAGGUCCUCCAGUACCAGGCGGGGUACAUCGCCUGUGCCGCCAUUGCCGUCGUGUACUUCGUGGCGGUGCCCCUGGCUGGCUUGAGCAUCUGCUGCUGCCGGAGACGCCGGCGCUGUGGCGGACGGCUCAAGGCCUACCGCCGUUCCCUGCUCUGCCGGUGCCACGUCCUCAUGGCCUGCCUGUUCCUGACCACACUUGUCAUCCUGGGGGGUGCCAUCUUUGCUUUCGCCGCCAAUCAGAAGGUAAAAGAAGCGGUGGAGCCGGGCACGCGAGACGCGCUGAACACCCUGCAGGCUUUGAGGCACCACCUGAGUGGGGUCCGCCGGGGUGUUCAGCAAACCGUGCAACAGUUUGCCGUUCCCAAGGAGCAAGUCCUCAGUGACCUGAACAAUGUCGGCCGGAGCAUUGGGACCAUCAUCCACUUUGUACUGAAGGGGUCCGUGUACUCCGCCUUGGCUGCUCUUAAGGGAAGAGUGCAAGACCUGCAGGACACGAAGCACCAUUUGCAGACGAUCGGCAGGACUGUGCAGACGCUGAUGCAGCGCCAGGCGGAGCUGGAGGCAGCCCUUCGAGCCCGGAAGCCGAGCAUCACGGCCCUUCUGGGGGACCCCCGGUGCACCUACUGCGCCAGCGCCGCGAGCAGAGCACAGGGCCUGGAGCCGGAAGCCAACUUCCGGAAAGUUCCUUCCGUUGAAGGGGUCUGGAAGACCCUGCAGGGGCUCCCCAGGGCGGACUUCGCAGACAUGAUUUACCAGGCCAAUCGCAGUUUCAAUUCUGUCCCGGAACUGACCGUGGUGAAGAUGGCGGAGGUCGUCCGAGCCCUCAAGGAGGAAGUCGAGAAUGCUGCACAGAAGGUCCAGUCCAUCGCAGACAGCUUCCCGGUCACAGAUCACACCCGGCCCCUGGCGGAGGCUCUGGCGAAAGCAGAGAACGGCAGCCGGCCUUACCUGAAAGAGGUGGCACAUUAUGAGCGAUGCAGGUGGAUCGCGGCUGUCAUCGCGUGCACCGUCCUUCUCUUGAUCGUCUGCUGCAACCUGCUGGGGCUUGUCUGUGGCGCCUACGGGCUGGCGGUGCGUGACGAUCCCAGCGACUACGACGGCCGGGGAGAAGCCGGGGCCAAACUGCUCAUAACCGGCGUCUGCUUCAGCUUCCUUUUCUCGUGGCUGCUGAUGCUCUUGGUCUUCGGCACGUUCAUCACUGGAGGGAACGUGCGGACGGUGCUGUGCAAGCCCUGGGCCAGCCAGGAGGUCUACCAGUUCAUUGACACACCGGGUAAUCUGCCUCCGUCCAUGAACAUCAGCUGGCGCCUUGGCCUGAAGGAGGACCUCAACGUGACCACCGCUUAUCAGCAAUGCAAGAAUGGUGCAGGUCUCUGGGAAGUUCUGCAGCUGGAAGGCAGCUAUAGCCUGAAUGAGCAUCUCAAGGUGGAAAAGUACACUGCAGCGUUUCAGAAACGGGUCCGUGAUUUCAACAUGCACUUCGAAGACAUUGUGCUGUUAAAUGCAGACGCAAAGAAGGACCUGGAGACCUUCCGGGACAGCCAGGUUGACCUGAUCGACUAUGCGGCCUUCACAGCUCAGCUGCACAAAUCGGUGGUGAGGACAAACAUGGACGGCUUGGCAUUGGAUCUUGAGAGACUGAGCAACCUCCAAAGUGACAGGUCUGUGAAAGAACAACUCGCGGAUGAAGCCCAGAAGCUCAGGAGAAUUCAGAAUAUGACAGUCCUCAAGAUGAAGGAGCUGGUGGUGAAGCUGAGAGAAAGUGUCCAUUUCUUAUCAACAAAGGCCCCCAGCUUCCAGGUAUUACUAAAGGGUCUGCAAUUGGGGAGUGCAAUUUUAAUUAAGGCAAGUCCAUUCUGCGCCGCGCUGAACCGGUCUGAGUCCCAGAUUGGCCUCGUCAAGGCGAGUUUUUCCGUGCAGACUCAGAGAAUCCUGAGGCAGGAGCUGGACUGCUUCAUGAAAAAAGAGGUGGGGUACAUCUCCCAGUACCUAAACUGGGUGAGAAGCACGGUAACAGAGGACGUCGCGUCCUGCCAGCCCGUCUCCACAGCCCUGGACAGUGCCCGGGUGAUCCUGUGCGAUCGCAUCGUGGAUCCUUGGAACGCCUUCUGGUUCAGCCUGGGCAGCUGCACCUUCUUCCUCAUUCCCAGCAUCUUCUUCUCCAUCAAGACCGUCCAGCAUUUCCGCCCCGUCCGGCACCGACUUAUCUCGACCGGCUCAGAGGAAACCUGUCCCUUCCACAUCCCGCGUGUGACGUCGCUGAGGCUGUAG